GCCGAAGCAAAGCUGUGCGGUUGUGCGAACUGAAUGACGUCUCUGAAUUUGCGGGCCGCCGACGCAGGGCUGGGUUUCCAUUUUCACAGCGAGUUUCGGGGGGGGAUCAUCAACAUGGAGCCAGAGAUGGAAGACAAAACAGUAGAACUAAUGAACACAUCAGGGAUGGAGUCUCAGAAUUUAGUGGACGAUCUGUCGCCAAAGAAGAAUACAGUUCUGAAGCUUAGUAACGGCCCGGUCGUGGGGUCUCGCAAGCGUCCAUCAGAAGGGAAUUAUGAGAAGGAGAAGGAACAUUGCAUCGCCCUGUUUGACCAGUGGUCAGAGGCCGACCAGGUGGAGUUUGUCGAACGCCUGAUUUCCCGUAUGUGCCACUACCAGCACGGCCACAUCAACUCCUACCUCAAACCCAUGCUGCAGAGGGAUUUUAUCACUGCAUUGCCAGCCCAGGGCCUGGAUCACAUUGCAGAGAACAUCCUGUCUUUUCUGGAUGCACGUUCGCUGUGUGCGGCAGAGUUGGUGUGUAAAGAGUGGCAGAGGGUAAUUUCUGAGGGAAUGCUGUGGAAAAAGCUCAUUGAGCGUAUGGUCCGAACUGACCCUCUUUGGAAAGGCCUGUCUGAAAGACACCAGUGGGAGAAAUAUCUGUUCAAAAACCGCACAUCAGAAAUCCCACCCAAUUCCUACUAUCACUCUCUUUAUCCUAAGAUCAUUCAAGACAUAGAGACAAUUGAGGCUAAUUGGCGAUGUGGCAGACACAACUUGCAAAGGAUUCAGUGUCGCUCAGAAAACAGUAAAGGUGUUUACUGUCUCCAAUACGAUGAUGACAAGAUCAUCAGUGGCCUUAGGGACAACUCAAUCAAGAUCUGGGAUAAGCAGACACUGGAAUGUCUGAAGGUACUGACAGGUCACACAGGCUCAGUAUUGUGUCUCCAGUACGACGAGAGGGUCAUUGUCACUGGGUCUUCUGACUCCACUGUCAGGGUGUGGGAGGUGACGACGGGUGAGGUACUGAACACACUGAUUCAUCACAAUGAGGCAGUUCUUCACCUGCGGUUUGCGAAUGGUCUGAUGGUCACCUGCUCUAAGGACCGUUCAAUUGCAGUCUGGGACAUGGCCUCGCCAACUGACAUCAGCUUGCGUCGUGUCCUUGUGGGACACCGCGCUGCCGUCAACGUGGUUGACUUUGAUGACAAAUAUAUUGUGUCCGCCUCAGGGGACCGCACCAUCAAGGUAUGGAGCACCAGCACCUGUGAGUUUGUACGCACUCUAAAUGGUCAUAAGAGAGGGAUCGCCUGUUUACAAUAUAGAGAUCGUCUGGUAGUCAGUGGUUCAUCUGACAACACAAUACGGUUAUGGGACAUAGAGUGUGGCGCCUGUUUGCGGGUGCUGGAAGGUCACGAGGAGUUGGUGCGCUGCAUUCGCUUUGACAACAAAAGGAUCGUCAGCGGCGCCUACGAUGGCAAGAUAAAAGUGUGGGACCUGCAGGCAGCGCUCGACCCACGGGCCCCUGCCAGCACAUUAUGUCUGCGCACUCUAGUGGAGCACUCUGGCCGCGUAUUCCGCCUGCAGUUUGACGAGUUUCAGAUCAUCAGCAGUUCUCACGACGACACCAUUCUGAUCUGGGACUUCCUGAACGUCUCAACGAAUGGCCAGUCAGAGGGACGGUCUCCUUCUCGCACCUACACUUACAUUUCUAGAUAGCAGGUGGUGCCCUCUGAGACCCUUUUUCUUGGAGGAAAUCCAGGCCCGAUUGGAUGAUGGGGGCAUCUGUCAUGCACAGGCACCCAUCUUUUCUCCUUCUUGUCAUCUCUCUGUCCAUCUCCCACUCAGUUCCCAUUCCCGCCUCCGCUGCGCCCGUUUUCGCUUGUGCCCGUAGCCCGCCGGUACCAUGACAUACACACAGGUCAAUGCCGACGAGGAUCCCCUACUACAGAAUCAACGCAACUCUCCCAGGAAGUUCACCUUCUACUACUAAUUUAUGUUUUCUAAAGUAAACUAAUGACAGUAUUAACGUAGGCCUGAUAUAAGUCACAAGCUCCCUUUUUUGUUUUUAAUCUCCUUAAUGAUCAAAACUUGGUCAGUUUUCAACCCCUGCCAAAACCAAGGUUUCCACAGAUAUGGAAUUGCUUAUGGAUAUAUAUUUAUAUACACAUUACACAAACACAUACACAGUGGCACAGUUGGACAGAGGAUGACUGGAGCUGUGACGCGGGAGACAGACUUUUUACUCGGCUCUAUGAAAGAAGGGAAGGACAGGAGAUCAAGGGACUGAAGGAGUGAGAAGUUAAGGAUCCGUGCUCCCUCUUGCUCCUCCCUGCCUCUUUUCUCCACUCCCCAUUUCCUCCAGCUAGCUACCCUUUCACAGCCCCAUCAGAGGUGCACACUCACUAGGAAUAUGGACGCACACACUCGAAAUGUGUGUUUGUGUCUGUGGACUUGUGAAACGGCAGAACAGAGCAGAAGCGUCAAGACAUGCAUGUGAGGUUUCCAUGGAUACAGCAUCCUGGUACACCGCUGCUUUUUUUUUUUUUCCCUCUAACUUUUUCUUACUGUUUUAUUUUUUUUUUAUUACAGUUAUUUUCUAAUGUAUUUUGGUUCCUAGUACAAAACAAAGAAAUCAUACAAAGCUUAAUUAGUCUUUACUCUUUCUGUCACCAUGUCUUCACCAUGUCUUCAAUGUCUUUUUUCCCCCCCCCUCAUUCUUUUCCUCUUACUUUGACCUGAGUUCAUCUGUCUCUUUCAUGCCACCCUUCUCUCCCAUCAUCUAAGUGCUUGCUUUGGUUAUGAGAGAAGCUGGAAUUCAAGAGCUCAAAUUUAGCUGUAAACAGAGUUGUCUUGUCAAAAAUUGUGUUGUAUAUUAAAAUGAUUUUUUAAAG